AUGAAUUUAAAUGUAUUGUUAGAUGGUUGUCCAAGAGAAUUGCAUGAUUUUGCGGCAUACCUAAAAACACUUGGCUAUCCGGAUGAGCCCAGUUAUGGAUUAUUAGAAAACAAUCUACGUAGUAUUAUUGCUCGGCAUGGUAUUAGUGCUGAAGAACCAUAUGAUUGGGAAAUUAAUUAUGAAAAUCUUGGCCCAAAAGUUCGCUUAAAUGGUACAAUUCAAACACGAAAUCGUUCACAUACAACUGCACUGAAAGAUCGUUUACUGGAGGAUAAGAAUAAAGGAUUGGACACUCAAGCACCAAUUACGAUGGGUGAAGAGGAAGAUGACCAUGAUCAAACUGGUCAUCAUAUCAAGACUGGAGAAAAGGACAUACAUGAUAAACCUAAAUACAAACGACAAGAAUUCAUGAGACCCAAAUACGGUGCUGUGAAUUUUGAUGUAAUUGAUGCAGUGAAUGCAAGAUUAGCUGCUGCAGCAUCGACAAGUGGCACUACCGAUAUAUUCAGCAAAUUACGAAUUGAAACAUCAUAUGAUAAUGAAGAAAAGAAGAUCGGUGAUGUCGAGGUAACAUUUCAAAUACCAUUUAAUACCUCAAAAACAAUCGGAUGUCAGGAAAGAUCAAAUCGAGCAAACCAAAAACGAUACAAAACAGUACCAGCUAAUACCAUGGAGAAAAGUUCAAAGAGCAAUC